GGUUACGAUUAUUUAUGCAGAAUUGGGGAAGCUAAAGAAUGGAUUGAGAAAUGUAUUAAUGAACCUAUUCCAUCACCAACAGAACUGGCCACUGAUGCCCUAAGAGACGGUGUCAUUCUUGCAAAACUGACACAAGCUUUUAAUCCAGAGAUUGUGAGAAGAAUCAUUCCAUCGGGUGCUAAAUUACAAUUCAAACAUACUGAGAACAUCAACGUGUUUUUCCAUUUCCUGGAUUUUGUUAAGAUGCCUGAUCUAUUUCGGUUUGAACUUACAGAUCUAUACGAUAAGAAAAAUAUUCCAAGGGUGAUAUUCUGUAUCCAUGCUUUAAGUUUCAUGUUAUCUCAUGACUCUCAAGCACCUUUGAUUGAAAAAUUGGAUGGUAAAUUGAACUUUUCAGAUGAUGAAAUUAAAAAAUCAGAACAUAGUUUAUCCGGGGUCAGUUUACCUAAUUUUGAUUCAAUGAAUAAACAAUUUGGUCGUGAAUUACCAAAGAGUCCAUCAAAGCUAACCAUCCCUUCUUUGAAAGAAAAUAUAUCCACACCAUUGAAAUCACCAGCCAAAGUAACCAGCAGAUUCACCAAUAGUCCAUUUUUCGAUCAAUCAGAAGAUACCCAGCAAGUACCACCAAAAUUUAGUCUUACAAAGAAACCAUCUAUCAAUGUCGCAAAAUAUUCAACUCCUGUUGAACCAGUUGAUUUGGUUGAACCCGUUGAUGAUUCAUUUGAAAACUCUUUAGUCAAUGGUUAUAAUGUUUCACCAUCAAAAAACAAAAGGUUGUCAGAAUCCGAAUAUUUAAGAAAUAUCAUCAAGUUUCAAGCCAUUUCAAGAGGUUCCAUUUUUAGAUAUGGUAUGUUUGUUGAUCGAAUCAUACUGAAGUCAAUGUCCGAAGAUAUCGUUCAAAUGCAAUCUUUAGUUAGAAGAGCCAUUACAAAGAGACGCUAUUUCACUAAUACUUCAUCUAUAUCAAACUAUGAACCUGAAAUUGUUGGUCUUCAAUCUGCGAUCAGAGCGAAAUUACAAAAAGGCAGAAUUUACUCUGUUACAAAAGCUCAACCAGACGAUAAAACCGUCAACUUGCAAAGUAUUUGUCGUGGUAAACUUAUCAGAGAUCGUUUAUUUGAUAUAAAGAUGGCAUUGAUAAGAAACGAGUACAGGAUUAUUGAUGUUCAAGCUGCUGCAAGAAAAAGAAUUGUUUAUGAUAGAGUUCAAAAGAGUGUCUUGUCAAAAGAACCAAUCAUCAAAUUCCAAUCUCAAGCUCGUCGUGUUUUAUAUUCUAGAAAAAUCAAAACUUCAGUGAGUGAAGCUCAUUCUGCAGAAGAUGUUAUUGCUAUUUUACAAUCUGUCAUUCGUGCAAAUAGAGUUAGACAUGAAGUUGAUUUGAAAUUCACAGUUCUAUCAAAUAGUACUCCUCAAUUAUUGGAAUUACAGUCUAUUGCUAGGGGUGGUUUCGGAAGAAAUAGAUUGAAUCAUAUUCUGGAUGUUAUAGAUGAACAAGAACCAUAUUUGCAAGAAUUAGGUGCUUUAAUAAAAGGUAAAAUUGUCAGAAGGAACGUUGUUGCUGACAAAGCCCAACUAUCAAGACUAUCUGGAUCAAUUGUUAAUGUUCAAUCUAUUGUUCGUGGUGUUUUAACUAGAUAUGGGUUUGAUUUAUUCUUGGAUACGCUAGAUAUGUAUACGGAGGAGACUGUUGGAUUACAAGCUUCUAUCCGUGGUUACUUGUACAGAAAAUCAAAGAAUGAAGUCAUGGAGUAUUACAAGCAACAUCUACCAGCAAUAAUUAAGAUUCAAAGUUUCAUUAGAGGGAAUUAUUUGGGUAAUGCUUACAAGUCUUUGAUCUCGAUGGAAAAUCCACCAUUAUCAGUGAUUAAGAAAUUUGCCUACUUGUUGAAUAAUAGUGAUGUUGAUUUCGAGGAAGAAGUUAAUUUAACCAGAAUUAAAGAAGCCAUAAAUGAGAAAACUGCAUCUAAUGAAUCUUUGGAAAAACAUAUCGGUCAACUUGAUUUGAAAAUUGCCUUGUUACAAAAAAAUAAGAUUACUUUAGAUGAAUUGUUGUUGCAAAAAGAUACUGUGCUUCCAAAUUCUGAUCAUAACCAUUCCACAGUUGAUGUAUCUUCUUUAAAUAGAAAAGCUAAAACAAGAAUGGAGUUAUAUGAGAAGUUUUUUUACUUGUUACAAACCCAACCAGCUUAUUUAACAAGAUUAAUUCAAGGUGAUUAUCGUGGUGUUGAUGUUGCUUUGAAAAUUUUCAAUAAUUUGAGAUCUGAGGAAUUACCAACUAGAGAAGAAUACUUGUUUGUUAGCUUGAUUGAAUCUACAUUAAAGGAUUUUAUUACCAAAUCACAUUCAAUUGAUGAUUUACAAAAAACAGACAAGAUUGGAUGGCAAAGACUACUCAAAACUUUCAAUGAAACUCAAAAGAAACCCUUGGUUGAUAUGUUUGGUGAAAUGGUUGAGAACAUUAUGAGUGAUUCUCAGUUAGACAUUGAAAGUGAUCCCGUGCUUAUUUAUAGAAUAGUCCACAAUACCCCUAGAUCAAUAGCAGUUGAUAAAGCAAUUGAAGAUCCAGAUACCAAAGCAACAUUCAUUACUAAUUUGCAACAUUUGAGAGAAUUUGGCUCACAGAUAUUCCGUGUUUUGAAUGAUGAUUACGAAAAAUUGCCAAUUCAUAUUAGACUUCUUGCAAACAUUGCUUAUAAGGCCUCAAUGAAGAAAUACCCAACAAACUUAGAACAAGACCAUUUGGCAAAUGCUGGUUAUGUUAUUAUUAAUGGGUUCGUCAAGUUGAUUCUUGAAUCACCAGAUAUCUUCAAAAUUUCACCAAUUAAUGUUUCUCAUAAUGCAAGAAAGAACUUGAAUGGAAUUAGUAAAUUAUUAACUCAAUUAUUCACAAUGAAGCCUUUUGGAUCAGAUAGUAUCUAUUUGCAACCUUUGAACAAAUUUAUCAAUUCUUCUGUUGAUGGUGUUCGCUCUUUGAUCAAAAGUAUUAUUGAUGUUGGUGAGAUUGACAGCGUCUAUAACAUGACAGUCUAUGAUGAUAUGACUGCUCAUAAUAGACCAAAGUUAACACUAAGAAUUUCAGAUAUGUUAUCAAUUGAUGAGCUUAUUAGACAAGAAAUCAAAACGGUAGCUCCAAUGAAGGAUGACACAUUAAGAGAUAUUUUACAUGAAUUGAAAUCAAACAAUGCAAAUGAUAUAUCUAGAAUAAGUGGGCUCUAUACAUUAAGUUUGAAUCCAUCUAGUAUCAGAUCAUCUACAGAAGAAACAAGAAUUAAAGCCCUAUUUAUGCAAGCCAAAAGAUGUGUUCUUUACAUGAUUCAGGUUCAAGAUGACAAGAAUGACUUGUAUGAUUUGUUGAGAUCUAAAAUUGAUGCUAUUCAUGAAAUUAAGUUUAAACAAAUCAUCAACAAUGAAAAGAAGGAUAUUCAAAUGAAUCGUGCUAGUGAAUAUGUUAAUGAUGGACAAGGUUUCUUGGGUGAUUUGAGCAGCAUCACAUAUCACAAGCUGAAACAAUUAUCAUUAGAAAGAAUUUUGGAAUUAGAGGCAAUGGGACGCUUAACGAGAAGAGAUUCUUUCCAAAUUUUAUUGAAUGAGAUUGCUUAUGAUAUAAAGACUAAACAUGAUCAAAGAAUUUCACGUAAGAAGCAGUUAUCAAUUGCAGAAAAUACAUUGAUAAGAUUAGAUGAAAAGGAGAAAUUUUUACAAGAUCAACUGAAUGCGUAUAAUCAUCAUAUUGAUAAAUCAAUGGAAGAAUUACAAUCAAGACCAACAAGGACUAAGAGAAUAAUGCCAUUCACUAAACAGUUUUUCUAUGAACGUGAGCUUAAAAAAUCUGGGAAGUUACCAAAGUUUGGAGCCUAUAAAUAUUCAUCAAAGAGACUGUAUGAAAAAGGUAUUUUAGUUGAACUUCGUGGUUUGGAUCAAAAUUUGGGAUCUUCAGGUACUUCAUUCUUUGGCGGGUUUAAUUUCCCAAGAAUUGACUUCAUGUUCAAUUGUGAUAAACCAGGUGUUUUCACCAUUUCCAGUAAGAGUGGUACACUGGCUGUUAAUGGAUCACUAGCCACGCUUACAAUUGAUGAACUGCUGGAGUAUCAAUUUGAAAAUAAAUCCUCUAUUCCUCUAUUUGAUGGGAUGGUGAAAUUUGAUACAAAUUGUUUGAUUAAUUUCAUUUUCAAGAAAUUCUACCACUCUAAU